UAUUCAUUUCCAUCACCCAACAAACAGGGAGUGCCUCCUCUUUGUACAUAACAAAGAGAGUUUAAGAUGGCAUCUCUGGACCAACCUUUGCUUCAAUCCGAGUCUCAAAAACUUCCCAAAUUAUCCACCGGCGGACAUGAAGUGAGUAGCGAGCUUGAAACUGUGUUAUCGAACACGCAAGUGCCGCUCGUGCAGCGCCUACGCCGAGCCACCUGGAUUGAAUCCAAGCUUCUCUUUCACCUCGCAGCGCCUGCGGUCAUUGUUUAUAUGAUCAACUAUUGUAUGUCCAUGUCCACCCAGAUCUUCGCAGGCCACCUCGGUAAUCUUGAGCUCGCCGCCUCGUCUCUCGGCAACAAUGGCAUCCAGAUUUUCGCUUAUGGCCUCAUGUUGGGAAUGGGGAGUGCAGUGGAAACACUAUGUGGACAAGCCUAUGGAGCAAACAAAUACGAAAUGCUAGGCGUAUAUCUUCAAAGGUCAACGAUCCUCCUCGGGUUGACUGGAGUUGUACUAACAAUCCUCUACAUCUUUUCAAAACCAAUCCUCCUAUUCCUCGGUCAAUCCGAGGAAAUAGCGUCGGCCGCAGCCGUUUUCGUCUACGGUCUCAUCCCACAAAUCUUCGCAUACGCUGCCGUUUUUCCUCAACAGAAAUUCUUACAGGCACAAAGCAUAGUUGCGCCGAGUGCAUACAUCUCGGUCGUAACAUUAGGCAUUCAUUUCUUGCUAAGUUGGGUGGCAGUUUAUAAGCUUGGAUGGGGAUUGAUUGGUUCUUCGUUGGUUCUGAGCUUGUCGUGGUGGAUCAUUGUGGUGGCACAGUAUUUAUACAUAGUCAAGAGUCCUAGGUGUAGGUACACUUGGGAUGGGUUUAGUAUGCAAGCUUUUUCGGGGUUGUCGGAGUUCUUCAAAUUGUCGGCUGCAUCGGCUGUGAUGUUGUGCUUGGAGGCUUGGUAUAAUGAUUUUCUUGUUCUAUUGGCUGGAUUGCUGCCUAACCCAGAAGUAGCUUUGGACUCUCUCUCUAUUUGCAUGACAAUAUCUGGAUGGGUCUUCAUGGUAGCAGUCGGGUUCAAUGCAGCUGCAAGUGUAAGAGUAAGCAACGAGCUUGGAGCUGGAAACCCAAAAUCUGCAUCAUUUUCAGUGGUGAUAGUGACCUCGGCGUCCUUCAUUCUGUCGGUGGUGGCAGCAAUAUUAGUGCUGGCGCUGCGUAAUGUCAUCAGCUAUGCAUUCACUGAAGGCGAAGUUGUUGCAGCCGCAGUCUCAGACCUUUCUCCACUUCUAGCGAUCACAGUUAUCCUUAACGGAGUGCAGCCCGUUUUGUCUGGUGUUGCUGUUGGUUGUGGAUGGCAAGCUUUCGUUGCAUAUGUCAAUGUGGGGUGUUACUAUUUUGUUGGCAUUCCCUUGGGUGGAUUGCUUGGCUUGUACUUCAAUCUUGGUGCCAAGGGAAUCUGGUCAGGGAUGAUUGGUGGCACAGUAUUGCAAACCAUUAUUUUGCUAUGGGUCACAUUCAGAACAGACUGGAACAAAGAGGUUGAAGAAGCAUCAAAAAGAUUAGUCAAGUGGGAAGACAAGAAGCAGCCAAUUUUGAACUAAGUGACCGAAUAUCUCAAGAAUAAAUUUUGUCUCUUCAUUUUAUUUUCCGAGUAUUAGGCCCCAUAUUUACAGGCCCAUUUGAAAACUGGGCUCGUAUGGGACUUAUUGGGCUGCUUUUUCCCUCCAGUUCAGAUGCUUAAAUCAAAUGGGCCGUGGGUUUAGACAUGAAUUGGAACAAUAUGCUGCAAGUAAUUGUCGGAAAAUUUGAUUA